AUGGCAAAUCUACCGGCGCAUGCUUCACCGGAAUUACCUCCGCAUUCCCUACCCACCAGCGGAACAGAAAUUAUGGACGAUGCCAGUCAGGCAGACAGCACUACCACAGGCCAAGAGACUCCAUCAUUGCCAGCGUGUCUACUCUCGCCAGCAUUCACUCCACCUGCUACUCCCGGUGGUACAUUGAAUCUGGCUAUUAACCCCACUGAAUUCCUACACCAGAGCCAAGCAGCCAGCAUUCAACAUCAGGGGGAACUUGCAAAGCCACCAAAAUUGCUCCAGCAACUUCCCAAGGUAGAAUGUAUUGUCAGGGCUCGUAUCCCAACAACCCAGGGUGCGGAGAUGUUCUUGCAUCUGUACCUCAACGACUUGGACAACAAAGAGCAUUUGGCAAUUGUCUUCGGGAACAACAUUCGAAGUCGGAGUCUUGAUCGUGUUCGGCCUGGGGAGACUGAAAUGGAUCGCAUGAUUCGUGGCGCAUAUGUGGGAAAGUUGCACCCGGGAAGAGUCAGUAGCUGGGAUGAGGAUGAGAAGUCUGCUGCACCAAGUCGGGUUGAGCCACCACUGGUGCGCAUUCACUCAGAAUGUUACACAGGAGAAACAGCAUGGUCGGCCCGAUGCGAUUGUGGUGAGCAGCUAGAUGAAGCCGCCCGGCUAAUGUCAUUCCCCGUCAAUGACCUGUCGCCCGACGCGCCGCCAGAGAUACAGUCUCUUCGGUCAAAUUCUACGGGUGGUGUUAUUGUCUACCUUCGACAGGAAGGCCGUGGCAUUGGUCUCGGCGAGAAGCUGAAGGCAUACAAUCUACAGGAUUUGGGUUCUGACACUGUGGAGGCCAAUUUGUUGCUCCGACAUCCUGCAGAUGCUCGUAGUUAUGGAUUGGCAACUGCCAUGCUAAUGGAUCUUGGCUGCGGUGUGGACACAAAUCCAGAAGGUGUGCGUUUGCUCACGAACAAUCCUGAUAAGGUGCGGGCCAUUGAAGGGCCAAACCGAGAAGUUUUGGUGAGAGAGAGAGUUCCGAUGAUACCCUUGGCAUGGAGAACUGGUGGUGAACGAGGAAUCAAGAGCUCAGAAAUCGAGGGCUACUUGAGCACUAAGAUAUCAAAGAUGGGCCACAUGAUCCAAUAA